CUAGCAAGGGAAAGCAAAGUGCCGCUGGCUAAGCUGGGGAUGGUUUUUGCAAGUUAUGGGCAGUGUUCACUAGAGCAGCAGCUUGGCAUCCUGCAUAAAGGGUUUGUUGCAUUGACCCCUUGGAGAGUGUAUCAUCUGACUUCUCUCAUAAUACUUGGAGUGUUAAUUCUUCAGAUAAUGAAGGAUUUGGUAUUCUCAAAAAUAAAGGGUGCACAGCUUUGGAGGACCAUCACUGGCAACUGGAAAGUCACCGAUUCCAGUCAAGACUACAGACUCAGAAUAAAUCAGUGCAUUUCAGAAGCACUGAUGAAUUUAUUUGCAUUUCUUCAAGAAAUGUCCCACUUUAAGGAACAAAACCCUGGCAAGUUUUGCCUUCUAGUCUGCAGCAUAUGUACAUUUUUCACUGUCUUGGGAAGUUACAUUCCUGGAGUUGUCCUCUCCUAUGUCUUGUUAUUGUGUGCCUUUUUAUGUCCUUUCCUUAAGUGCAAUGAGUUUGGACAAAAACUGUGCAGCAAAAUAAAGGCAGUUCUGAUGAAACUAGAUUUUGGAAUAGUGGAAUAUAUCAACCAGAAGAAAAAAGAGAGAUCUGAAACAGCAAAAACAAAACCCACAGAAGAUGACAGUGAAUUAGACAUAUCAGCUCUGUGUCCAAAGGUUAGUCCUGCAAUUGUUGCCAAAGAGCUGUCAGUGUCUGACACAGAUGUCUCAGAAGUAUCCUGGACCGAUAAUGGGACCUUUAACUUAUCUGAGGGGUAUUCUCCACAGACAGACACAUCUGAUGAUUUUGACCGACCUAGUGAUCAUGAAGAAGCUUUCGCUAGAGAUCUUUUAGAAUUCCCCUCUUUAGAAAAUGGUGCCGGCACAAAUGAUGACGAUGACUCAAGCAUCGGUUUGCCCACCCAGCAAAAACGAAGGAAAGAGCAAACUGAUGUGAAGGCGGAUCACAGACAGAGUAAAGAGAGACCAUCCACUGCAGGGUUGUCCUUGCCUUUGACCACUGACCAAACCUUUAAUUUAAUGAGUGGAAUUGCUGGCGAUGUCAUCACAGCUGCAGUGUCUGCUGCCAUCAAAGACCAGCUGCAGUCCCUACAGCAAGUUCCCUCUCAGGCAGUGCCCAGUUUGAGCGAGGAGACAGACACAGAGGAAGCUGAUGACUUUGAACUGCUUGACCAGUCUGAGCUAGAGCAGAUUGAGAAAGAAUUGGGACUUUCACAAAGUCAAGAAGCAGAAUCCCAGGAAAAGAAAAAGUCUUCAGGCUUCCUUUCAAAUCUGCUUGGAAGUCAUUAACCUGGAAUUUGCAGCUGGUAACACAGAAGAAAUUCAACAAAAAAAAAAAAA